AUGGGAUCUAGUCUAACCAAUAAUAAGCUGAAGUUGCUACAAAUCAAUCUACAGAGGUGCAAAGUGGCGGCUUCAGAUGCCAUCCAGAUCGCUUAUGACAGGCAGACUGACAUCAUCUUUCUACAGGAACCGUAUACUUACCAAAACAAAAUAGCUAUGUUUGGGAGCCAGCGCAGUAUCUACCAACAAAUUCCCUCCGAACCUCCUAAAUCUGGUUUCAUCAUUGUCAACGAUAAAAUUGGCGCUCAUCUCCUUCCACAACAUUGCAACAAUAGCUUCACUACCAUCAGCGUUAACUUGGUCAACUCCUUUUACAUCUUUAUCUCUUUUUACUGCCCGCCUUCUGGCGAUCUGGAGGCCUCUCUUGCUCUUCUGGCUGAUUCCAUACAACAACUACAGGCCUACCCCAUUUUGGUCUGCAGUGAUUUCAAUGCGAAUUCACACACAUGGCACAGUCCGGUGGAGGACCCCAGGGGUUACCAGGUGGAGGAAUUCUUGACGCAGUUCCAAUUAACCUCCCUUAACACGAGUACUCUUCCCACCUUCUCUUCCACCAACGGUGAGAGUUGGAUCAACAUUUGUCUGGGUUCCAACAAAUUUGUUUCUAAGAAUAUCCAGUGCUACACUACAGAUAUACACUCUGCCAGCGAUCAUAACUACAUCGAAGUCGUGUUUGAUCAGUCAACUCCACUGCCAAGUACAGGAUUACCCAACAUACCAACUGGGACCUAUACCAUCUUCUUAUCCAGCAGCACUGGGACCCCGUUGAUCUGGCAAACAUCAAGGAUACAACAGACAUUGAUAACUUAG